CUGUGUCAGAAAUUAGUUGUUCCUUCACUUCCUUCGUUUACAUUUGUUGUGCAUCGGUUUUAUUUAUAAAAUAUCAUUUUCAUCUAUAAAUAAGCUGGGUUACUUUUAGAACAACAUUUAGACAGUUUGAAGGUGUCCAUAGCAAUGCUGUGUUUAACUCGAAGUGUAUUAAAACAUACGUUUGUCUUAAAAAACGAAAUUAAUGAAACUAAAUCGGUUGUAAAUUUUAAAAACAAAACUGAAAAUAAAAAUUAUAAAGGAUGAGUUCAUUCACUUAAACUAACAUUUUCUUUAUACUGCCGUCGAAACCGAAAAAGUUAUAUCAUUUGUGCUAAAAAAAACAGUGUUUGAUAAGAUGCAAAUUAUUAUCUGUGUUUUGUAUGUACUGAUUAAAAUAAAUCCAAAUUGUUGAAUCGAAAUGAACGACUGUUGUCAGAUUGCUCUUCAAAAGUUUUGACUGUCACUGAUUUGAGAAAGUUCUACAGAGUGUGUUAGUGAAAAUGCCUGGUAAAAUUAAAGUCAAAGUCCUGGCUGGUAGGAACCUUCCGGUGAUGGACAGGGCAAGCGACACAACGGAUGCUUUUGUAGAGAUCAAGUUCGGUGGAGUGACACACAAGACUGAUGUAUGCCGAAAGUCAUUAAACCCUCAUUGGAACAACACAGAGUGGUAUAGGUUUGAAGUUGAUGAAUCGGAGCUGCAGGAUGAACCAUUGCAACUUCGACUAAUGGACCACGACACGUAUUCGGCCAAUGACGCUAUCGGGAAGGUGGUGAUUAGUCUAGCGCCCUUAUUGGCGCGAGAGGCCAAUAAUCCGAAGAGUACUACAGCUCCUCAUGGAGGUGCAGUAUUGUCCGGCUGGAUUCCGGUCUUCGACACCAUGCACGGUAUCCGAGGAGAGUUGAACGUGAUCGUGAAAGUGGAAUUGUUCUCUGAUUUCAACAAGUACAAGACCUCGAGUUGCGGGGUCCAGUUCUUCCAUUGUCCGAUGAUACCUCCCGGAUAUCGCGCCAACUCGAUCCACGGCUUCGUCGAGGAGUUGGUAGUGAAUGACGACCCCGAAUACCAGUGGAUCGAUAAAAUCCGAACCCCGAGAGCUUCGAACGAAGCCAGACAAGUUGCCUUCAUCAAACUAAGUAAUCAGGUGCAAAGGCUGGUAGGUCUUAAGGCAGCCGAGCUUGGCGCUAAUGCAGUCGUCGGAUACCAACAAGACUUCGACUUGGAAGGGGAGGCCGGUGUCGUGGCAAGGGCCGUCGGCACGGCGGUCAGCAUCACGCCUAUACCGACGCCGUCAUAUCCGAACAACAUACCGCCGUGCACGCAACAACAAUUGAAAAAAUACGUUGACAUUUUGGCGACCGAUAGAGAUGACGUUACCGAUCUGAAUGAAUAUUUUCAAACUCACCAGGACGAGCUUCAAAAGCUGGUGAACAUACUUAAUCCAAAAGCUCCAUCCUUGUUGGAUGAUCAAAUAGACGACGAUGACGAUAAGAGCUUUGAACUAAACCGAAAGUCCAGUGUUAAAAGUUAUACGGGCAACAUCUCGCUGUACCAAGAUCAAUAUGUCUCUCAGAAGAGUCUUAAACACAUCACUGAAGAUCAAACAGAUUUGAAUAGACUUCUGAAUAAAAGAGAUGACUACGAUUCAGAUUCUUCUGGACCGAUAAAGAAAAUAAAAAAGCUAAAAACAAAUUUCUUUUCAAAGAGAUUCUCUGUUCGUUCUCGUAAAUCAGAGAAAGAUGCUGAUCUAAUUUCAUUGAAGUCUAACUCUUCGGAUAAUUCACGUAUUUCCAUACUCGAUAUAAAGAAUGAGAUAAAAAAAUUGAAGAGAUUGAAGAAACCGAAAUUACCUAAGCCAACGGCUAAUAAGGAAGAGGAGGGUGAGGGUAUGGCGUCUAUACUGGCGCGGUCAGUGAUCCACGCAAACACUAGUUUGGCUUGCAUAGCGGAAACCCACGAUUCGGAACACUCACCAUGCUCCACGUUGAGACGCACCAGCGAGUCGGAACCCACUCUUAAUUUAUCCGACGACGAUAAAACUAGAGCAACUUCUGCGGAUCGUAACGAGACGGAGGAAACUAAAAAGGUUCCUGAAAUACAUUUUACGUCACUGACAAAUAUUACCAGUGAAGAAAUUGAACCGACUAGAGUAAGAAAAAUAUCGGAAUCUUGUCCUACUUCGCCUGUUGCUGAAAGAACAGAGAAUCUCCUGAAAUUACCCGGAGAUCCGGAAUAUUUUGAUUCGGUAUCUUCUGCACUAUCUGGGGAGAGUUCCGAUAUUUACUCGAGUUCUGAUGAAGAUGAUGAAAGUUCAGAUCUGAAAACUGAUAAUGAGAGAUCGAUUGAAACAACCAGCUCCGUUGUACGCUCUGUACUCAACCAUGAGGUCAAUCCAGCCAUAAUAGCACAGAUGGGUAGAAAACUGAGCAUACUGGAAAAUGAAACUUCAGAUGGUGAAGAAAAAAGAAACCAAGAUUUGAGUAUGAAAAGCAUAUCAUUGGAAUCAGUACCUUUUGAAAUGAAAAGUGAAGUCAAAGUUCCAAUUAAACAUGAAGCUUCAACGUCUGCUAGAGACUUAAAUACGUCUGUAAUGAAACCGAACACUCACUACAUUAAACUACAUAAUCCGUUUGCUCAUAAAAAGGCUUCCAAAAGUAUUAGCGCUCCUUCUUCCCCAACUGAAAAGAACAGCUUUGUAAAUCGCUCUUCAAAAAAAAUUAAACGGCAACUCUCUAAAAUUUCCAAAAGCAGCAUGAUUAAAAGCUUAUCUCAUUAUUCUCUGUUACCAAAGAAAAAGGACGAGAAGGUCACCCUCAGCCACCCUGGUUCCUCGUCCAACAUAACAUCAAAAGUAAGCACCGGCGACACUGUUUUAGGAUCCCCUUUUCUGUCAUACUCUGACCUGAUGAGCCUUGACAAAGUGUCAAUAGCUACACAAAAAGCCAUGUGCAAAAGCGAUGAUUUCGAUCCAAAAAAAGUAUCCAUGUACAUUGGUUCGGAACCUGAGUCUAGAUGUUCUUUCAGUGGUCCCUCCUCACCUCAACACAGAGAUGAUUUGGACCACCCCAAUAUUAAUAAAAAAGAAAAAGCUAGUUUGAAACCAACAGGUUUAUUGCACACAGCUAUGGAAACCAUUCUAAUUGACCGCGUCCACUCAUUACUUAUACCCACUUCUCCUGAUCCAGUUAACUCCAAAGCAAAGCAGUUUUUUAAUGAUGUGAGCUUAAAACUUGAACAGGUUGAGUCAUCAAGGAGCCUGAAGGAAUCGAAUGGACAUUUGAGCGUUCCACCUAAGACCAACAAAGCACAAUCACUACCACCAGAAUCACCGGUGUAUAAUAGUGUAAAAACGAAACCAUUUCUUGACGACUUCAGACACAGCAAAGCUAAAAGCUCCGAAUCUAAAGGAUUGAUCCAUACCGCGAUGGAAACAAUCCUUCUUGAUAAAGCGCAAUCCAUAAUUGGACCGGUAACACCUGAACCUAAAACAUCAAUACACUUUCCUAACUUUAAUAAAAAAGAAAAGUCAAAGCCCAAGCAUUGCACUGGUCUUGUUCAAACGGCUAUGCAAACCAUGCUCUUGGAUACAGUACAGAGCGUAUUGCUCGAAACGCCAGAACCAAGCCCUACAAGUCUUACGUUUGAAAUAAAAGAUAAAUAUGAUAACACGGAAACGGACAGCAACACUAGAGACAGCACGGGCUUGGUCCAUACAGCCCUGGAAACUAUUUUACUCGAUCAAGUACAAAAUAUUUGUGCACCCAUAGAAAUUGCAACGAAUGAAGGUUCUAAAAUUAACCAAAUACAUAAUAAAGACGCAGCUAUGAGUGUUUGUGAAACUGCUAUUCUAAAAGCUGCAUCUGAUAAAACUGACCAACCGAAAAAUGUGUUAACAGAUGAGCCUGAAAAAAAGUUGGAAGAAUUACAGUCUCCUGGUUUAGUACAAAUGGCAAUGGAAACAAUAUUAAUUGAUAAAGUACAAUCAUUGUUGGAUCCAAACAACGGUGCGCCCAGUAAAAGUACCGACCCUGUUAAAAAUCCAAAUGAAUUCACGACCACACAUACUUUUGCUGCGACUUCUACCAAUGAAAGUAAUGCUACCGAAAAAAAUGAAACCGAAAUUAAUAAAGAAAACGAAGAUUCAAAAAUUGAAAAACAAGUUAAUAAACCAGAAUACGAGCAGGAAGUUAAUCAAGACUUUAAAUCGACAAACACAAAAAAACUAACGAGGCAAGAGAGCAUCCAUUCGGUGACCGAAUCGCUAAAAAUGUCAAACGAAAACAUAGCUAACGUUCCACAUAAAAUAACAAAGCCCAUGCUGCAAAACUUCCACCCAAUACUCAGCGGUGUGCCUCUAGAGACCAUCCCAUCAUUGCCUGAGAGCAGUCUCGAUCGCGCCGAGAGCCUGGACGUCGAGGGCGUCGAGAAUAACGAUAGUGUCGGUGUGUGUGGUAACUCGCAUGCAGUGUGCGGUGUCGGCAGGAGCGAGCGGGACAGGGACAGGUGCGACAAGGACAAGGGAUCGCCUCGACACGCGCGUCACGAGUCGUAUGGCGGCCGAGACCCGCCCAACCCCCCGGCCCCCGCGCCCGCCCUGCAGAACCCUUCUCUGAACGCGACUUCCACGCCGAUGGGCAUACACAGGAGGUCGUCCGAUUCGGAUCUCAGUGUUACGCCUAAAGGUGGUUCGUUAAACACAUCGGCGGGUAAUGUGGGCAGCGGAGGAGGCGCCAUCUUGCGGCCUUCGAUGAACAGCAACAACUUGGACAUGCUGGAGUAUCCCUUCCUCACCAUGACGGAGUUCCCGCCUGGCUUCAUUGUGCACAUCGGCGGCACGGUGUGCGCCCGCUCCGUGAAGCUGGCGGAGGGCGGCGGCGAGGGCGCGUGGGCCGAGCUGCGCACGGAGCUGCGGGCGCACGCGCGCGCGCUGCGCUGCAACGCGGUCAUCGCAUACUCCGACAGCGCCGCCAUCUGUGAAGAUGUGUGCGUCCUGUCAGCCUCGGGUACAGCGGCCGUCAUCAAUUUAGACUGCGACUACAACGUGGAGUGUGAACAGACGCCAGCGCAGAGCGGUCCGAAGGGCGGCGCGGAGGCGGACGCGUGCUCGGCGGCGCACGUGCCCUACGCGCCCGGCUCCGGGCCCUACCGCGCCGAGCUGUCCCUGUGCGCGCAGUGCAGGCGCGCCCGGGUGCCGUCGGUGCUGCUGGCCACGUGCGCCAAGCCCAGCACCAUGCCCACCCACGGCAAAGCCGUCACGCUAACCGCUGUAGCGGCGCGCGUGCGGAGGGCGCCCCCCACGGCGGAGCCCGGCGCCAGGGACAUAUCGGAUCAGCUACCCUUCUUAGAGUACGAGCUGCACAAGCUGCUGUUAGCCAAACUGAGAAUGCAGGGUGCCAACGCGCUGUUCUCGCUGUGCACGCGCGUGGCGGUGGGCGAGCGCUGCGUGGUGGCGCUGGCCAGCGGGGCCGCGUACCGCCUGCGCGCGCUGCCGCCCCCCGCGCCCCCCGCGCUCAAGGCCUCAGAAAGUGACCGGGAUGCGACUGAGAUACAGAGGGCUCUCCGGGACGCGUUCAACGCUAACAAGGCCGCCAACGGAUACGACGUCGGAUGUUCGGCAGGCGUGUCGGAUAUGUCCGGGGGCGGCGCGCUGGCGGAGGCGGAGGGCGAGGAGCCGCCCGCGCUGGAUCUGUGCGCCGACAAGGAUGCCUGCGUGCUGGAGCUGGACGAGGCCGAGGACGUGGAGACAGCCAAGUCGCUGUGCGUCCGGCGCGGCCACAUGCGCGUGUACAGCCGCCCGCCCCCCGCGCGCGCACCCCCCCUCGCCUUCGCGCAGGUGUGGAGGGCGAGACUGACGUUGUCAGGGCAGGGCGGGGCGGCGUCGCAGGCGGCGGAGAGGCACGUGGCGAGGGCUCUGGACGGAGUCACGUACAAGCUGAGGAGGUUGAACCCCUGCGCGCUGGCUAUACCGAAAUUCCAACUGGAGUUGCCGGAGGACGAGAUCCAGCUGGUGGUGUCGGGCACCGCCAUCCCGCUGCCGGAGCCCGGCGCCGCGCCCCGCGACCAGCGCGACGACGACAUCUUCGCGCUCGACGAGGAGCAGCUCCUCCGGAACGGACCCGCGCACGACGACGACAGGAACCUUGUGGGACAGAUCCCAACGACAGUGUCAUUGACAACGCUAAGCGACGUUAGCGGGAGUCGCGCCGUGCGACGGAUAUGCGCGAUCCGUUUACUGUUCGUCAGGGAGACCACGACGGUCCGGGAGAUGGGAGGCCUCAGUGGAUUCUUACAUACGUUCACUUGUGAAGUGCUGGCGAUCGCGCGCGCCCACACGGCGGCGCUGGGCGGGAACGCCCUCACGUCUUUCUACCUCACGCAGCUGAUGCUACAAGACAACGCCCACAAGAACCAGGGGCAAUGUCUUCUAUCCGUUGGCGGCGACGUAGUACAGAUAACAUACUGAUAUAAAUACAAAUCAAUUAUUUAUAUGUAAUAAUAUAUCAAAAGUAAAAUAUCAUAUUCAGUAUACUCGGUAAGGGCUCGCAAAAUUUUAUCGGCCUAAAUUGAUCAACUAGACUAAUAAUUAACCUAAGUAAUUAAUAUUAAAUAUUACUACCGCAAGAUGUGUCAACUUUGUUCCUGUCCUUACUUACUCGUGUAUGUACAGCGUGUUCUAUUUAAGUUUAAUUGUUAAGUAUAUUUAUUAGAUAUAGCUUUGUAGAUAAUUAUUUACUGAUACAGCUGUUGUUACUUACUGGUGGUAGGAUGUAUUGUGAGUCUGCACGGGUAGGUACGACCACCCUGCCUACUUCUGCCGUGAAGCAGUAAUGCGUUUCGGUU